AUUAAUUUUUUUUUUUCGAAAAUACCUAAAAGAAUAAAUUAUUACAGAUCGGUCGAUGAGACCGUUGCGUGGCGUUAAUAAGAAAAAGCAAAGCAUGGAUUAUACAAAUUAUGCUUAUAAGGAGGCGGUCGGACGGCUAAAACUAAUGUUGGCUGACUCCUAUAGCUCGCCGAAAAGAGCAACUUUAAGAUCCAAUGCGGCAAACCUAAGUGCAGAUAAUUACUCGAGUAAGAUAGCAGCUAUUGAACGACCGACACUUGGCGAUAUCUCCAAGUAUUUAAAUCCAAGUCAAAAAUCACAUUUUGGCAGUUAUCGCUCGAGGAGAGAUUACAAUGGUUCUACCGGUUCUCAAGAGAAUAUUUACUCUUCGCCUGUCAGAAAUUAUGGUACAUCUACAAUCUCCACUCCUAAUACUGUAAUUGUCCCGUCAUCAGCACAACCAGCACAAGCCUUGAUGGAGGAUUUUGCGACCACUUCAAAAGAAGCACCAUUAUCGGAAGACUGUGUUACGGCACCGGCAGAAAUUGUCGAGUUUAUCGAAAGACAAGAUGAUUAUAUAGAACAACUCGAAAAGGAAUCGAAAUAUUGUCGCAAUGAGCUAAGUAACCUAUUGGGUAAAGUUCGCGAGGUUAUCGAUGAAAAUGAACAAUUAACGGAAAAUACACGCAAAGAGCUAAAGGCUUUAGCUGACUUCCCUUCCGCUAAUCUCCCGUCGGAAUAUGACGAUUUUCCAAGCAAGAAAAGAACUUUAAUGCCUCGCAAAAAAGAUAUAAAAUCAUCGCGUUAUGGCUCAGCUCCGAAUAUACUGUAUGAGGCUCGUAUAAGUGAAUUGGAGGCGGAAUUAACGCAAGCCCAUAUUGACUUGAAACGUACGAAGACCGAAAAUGAGGAAUUAAAAAAGAAAUUAGCAAAUGAGGUCUCGGACACUGCGCCAAAUAUUGGUCAGAAUUGUGACAUUCAUCGCAAACAGAUCGACUUUUUACAAAAAGAAAAGACUUCUCUCGAAGAGACCAUCAGGCAUUUGCAGAAAUGUUUAGAUGAAACCAAAUCGCAACAAUUAAAUGCGACCUCCAGUCGUUACAUAAACGAUCUGGUGCAAAUGGAACGUUCUCAGGCCGAAUUGGAAGUGAAACAUCUCCGCGAUGAAUUGGAUCGUCAACAUGAAAGGGUGCGUGAGCUACAACACGAUAUGGCUCGACGUUUAGCCGAGGAGAGAGCAAGUGCCGAGAGACGUUAUAACAAUCAGUUCGAUCAAAUGGGCGGCGAUUUGAGCCAUCAAUGGGACAAUGUCACAAAACUGCAGCUAGAAGUGGAGCGACAAAAACGUUAUGAAAGCGAUUUAAAGCGCGAAUUAGCAAAUAGGAAUGGUCAGAUUGAAGAUCUGAAAAUGGAAUUGAGAUCGAAUCGAUCAACUUUCCUCGCAGACAUGGCUCAGCUGAAUGCGGAAAAACAAUCAUUAGAGCAAGAUAUUACUGCCUUAAGAUUGCAAUUGGACAGAGCCUCUAGAGAUCAUAAAACGGAAGCGGCACGUUUGAAUGCGGAAAUCAAUUCGCUAAGACAACGCUUGGAUCGAGCGGAUGCCGAUUUAUUGCAUUCGAAACGCGAAGUUUUACGAUUAAAUGAUGACAUCGCCAAUUUAGAAAAGGAGUUAGCUUACGGCGAGCUGAAGAACGAAAUUCGCCCCACGAAAAAGGAUUUAGAUAAACGCAUUUCCGAAAUGCAAGACAAACAUGCGGAAACCGUUAACGAACUAGAAGACAUGAUACAAAGUCAAAAGCAACUCAUGGAUAAAUUAACCAAUGAAUGUAGAACGUUAACAAAGAAAUUAGAAGAUACCACCAUUAAGCAUAAUGUCUCUCGCCUACAAACCAAACGCAUUUGACGCAACCGAUAAGUCGCGAACAAUUGCCGAUGACUACAUCAAAUCCGGUAAUUCCUAUAGUUAUGAGCCCAUCCUUGGAAAGGCAGCC